GAUGAGGAGACGAUUAAACUGGAGGGACUUUCGCCUCAGCAAGUCAAAGAGUUGCAAACGAAAGCUGAGAAACACGAAUUCCAGGCGGAGGUGAAUCGCAUGAUGAAACUGAUCAUUAACUCGCUUUACCGUAAUAAGGAAAUCUUCCUCAGAGAGCUCAUAUCAAAUGCUGCUGAUGCAUUGGAUAAAAUCCGAUUAAUUUCUUUGACCGAUCCUAGUGCCCUCCAAACUAACGAGGAUAUGAGUAUAAGAAUCAAAGCUGACAGGGAGAAUAAACUCCUGCAUAUCGUUGAUUCGGGUAUCGGAAUGACUAAGGAAGAGCUCAUGAACAACCUUGGAACUAUCGCUCGGUCAGGUACUGCGGAAUUCCUGCAGAAGUUAAUGGAUACCUCAACGUCUGCGGAUGUUCAACAGGAGCUUAUCGGACAGUUUGGAGUUGGUUUCUACUCGGCUUUCUUGGUAGCUGAUCGCGUAGUGGUUACCACGAAGAGUAAUGAUGAUGAACAGUAUAUUUGGGAAUCUGAUUCCGGCUCCUUCUCUAUUGUGAAAGACCCACGUGGACCCACUUUGAAACGCGGAACGCAAAUCACUUUACACAUGAAGGAAGAAGCUAAGGACUUCCUGGAGCCGGACACGUUGAAGAACUUAGUGCACAAAUAUUCGCAGUUCAUUAACUUCAGCAUCUUUUUGUGGCAGUCCAAGACUGAAAUGGUAGAAGUGCCAACUGAGCCAAUUGAGGAAGAUGGCAAGAAGGAGGAUGGCGCAGUUGAGGAGGAAAAGGAAGAAAAGAAGACCAAGACGAUCGAGAAGACAACUUGGGACUGGGAACGUGUUAACAACGUGAAACCAAUUUGGAUGAGGAAGCCUAGUCAAGUGGAACAGGAGGAAUAUGAUGAAUUUUACAAGAGCAUCACGAAGGACUUUGAUAAGCCCCUCACCCACGUGCACUUUUCAGCUGAAGGUGAAGUGUCAUUCAGAUCGAUUCUUUAUGUGCCCAAAACUUCUCCCAGUGACAUGUUCCAAAAUUACGGGAAGGUUGUCGAAAAUAUCAAGUUGUACGUACGUCGGGUGUUCAUCACUGAUGAUUUUGCUGAUAUGAUGCCGAAGUAUCUCGCCUUCAUUCGAGGUAUUGUCGACUCAGAUGAUCUUCCUCUCAACGUUUCUCGUGAAAACCUCCAGCAACAUAAACUUCUGAAAGUAAUCAAAAAGAAAUUGGUGCGAAAAGUACUGGAUAUGUUGAAAAAGCUGGAAGGUACACAGUUCGAUGAUUUCUGGAAGGAGUUCAGCACAAAUAUCAAGCUAGGAGUCAUGGAGGAUCCAAGCAACCGAAUCAGGCUCGCUAAACUUCUCCGAUUCGCUUCGUCAGCAGACAAGGAGAAGUUAACUUCCUUAACCGAUUAUGUUGAGCGUAUGAAGGAAAAACAAGAUAAAAUCUACUAUAUGGCAGGAACAUCUCGUGAGGAGGUUGAGACCUCACCAUUCGUUGAACGUCUUAUUGCAAAGGGAUACGAAGUAUUAUACUUGACGGAAGCUGUUGAUGAGUACUGUAUUCAAUCAAUGCCAGAAUUCGAAGGAAAGAAGUUCCAGAACGUUGCUAAGGAAGGAGUGAAUAUCGAUGAAUCCGAGCAAGCAAAGGAGGCUCACAAGAAUCUCGAGACAGAAUUUGAACCUCUUACAUCUUGGCUGAAGGAUACUGGGCUGAAGGGUUUAAUUGAGAAAGCCGUCGUUUCACAACGACUCGUGAAAUCCCCAUCAGCACUGGUGGCAUCGACCUACGGUUGGUCAGGAAAUAUGGAGCGUAUCAUGAAAAGCCAAGCUUAUGCUAAAGCCAAGGACCCUUCGCAAGACUUCUAUGCAAAUCAGAAAAAGACUUUCGAAAUCAAUCCCCGACAUCCAGUAGUAAAGGAGCUACUUCGACGUGUUAUUGAAGACAAAGAGGAUCAAAAAGCCAAGGAUACUGCUCUUCUUUUAUUCGAAACUGCUACCCUCCGAUCAGGAUUCUCUCUCAAAGACCAGGUUGGUUUUGCUGAACGCAUUGAGUCAGUUCUUCGGCAGUCACUCAAUGUGGCCGCUGACGCAGAAGUUGAGGCAGAACCGGUCAUCGAAGAAACUGAAGAGGCCGAAGAUGCUUCUGAAGAAGCUGACGCCGAAUCAACCACGGAAGAAACCAAAGUGGAGGAAGAGCACUCUGAGCUUUAG